AUGGCACCAAAGAGACGGUCUGCUUCUGCUACCAAAGCGGGCGGCAAGAAGAUCAAGGCAGAACCCGAGCUACCGAAGCCCAAAGAUGCAUUCACCUCGACCAAAGAGGCUCUUCUGGCUGCAGGGCCACAAACCAAAGGAAAGAAGAAGGUGGACGAACACUGCUCACUGUCAAGCAAAGGAGAGGUGUACAAAGACUAUGACUGCAUGCUCAAUUAUACGAAUGUUCGAAACAACUAUAAUGACUUCUAUGUUAUUCAAGUCAUUAAAGCUGCCAAAAAGUACUAUUCAUGGGACAGAUGGGGCAGAGUGGGUUACGUGGGUUACUCCAAUCUGAAUACGUUUUCAGACGUUAAGAGUGCCGUGAAGGACUUUGAAAAAAAGUUCAAGGACAGCACCAUGAACAAUUGGAGUGAUCGCAUGAAUUUUGUGUCUCACUCUGGGAAGUACACUUUGAUUGAGGUGGAUGCAGGGGUCACGGUGGACAUUGUUGAUGGAACGGCUGUCAAGGUCACUAAAAACGUCCUACCUUGCACCCUGGACAAAGCUAAACAGGCGCUCAUCGAGCUCAUUUUCAGCAAUGAUAUGUUCACGGCGGCAAUGGAAUGUAUGAACUUAGACGUCAAGAAGAUGCCUUUGGGUAAGCUCAGCAAGUUGCAAAUUGCAAAGGGCUUCGAGGUGCUGGAAGAAAUUGAAGCAGCCUUGACUCAAAAGAGCAGGAGGCCACGUCUUGAAGAACUUUCCUCCAAGUUUUUUACAACAAUCCCGCAUAACUUCGGUCGCACCAGACCACCAACCAUUGACAACAACAACAUUGUGGAAAAAAAGAAAGAGAUGCUGAUGGUGCUUGCUGAUAUUGAGCUCGCUCAGACUCUGAAAUCAGAGACAGAGAAGGCACAGAAAGAGAUGAUCGAGACUGUCCCCGACCCGCUUGACCAGGACUACAGUUCUCUCAAGUGCAAACUCUCUCUGUUGGAUAAAAGAUCAAAAACGUUCAAGAUAAUCGACAAAUACCUAAAGCAAACACAGGGCUAUCAGAAGCCCAAAAUUGUCAACGUAUGGGAAGUCGACAGAGAAACUGAGGGGGCUCGAUUUCAAAAGCAUGACGACCUGGAGAACCGCCGUCUGCUGUGGCAUGGCACUAACAUCGCCGUCGUGGCUGCUAUACUGAAGAGCGGCCUGAGGAUAAUGCCCCAUUCGGGGGGCCGUGUUGGACGCGGUAUCUAUUUUGCAUCCGAAAACUCUGUGUCUGCAUGUUACGUGCACAUGUCGAAAAAUACCGGCGUGAUGUUUUUGAGUGAAGUGGCCCUCGGCAGAGAACACACCAUCACCACAGACAACUCUUCUUUGAAAAAGGCGCCUGCUGGAUACGAUUCUGUAGUUGCACGAGGUCGAGUGGAACCAGAUCCGUCCAAAGACAUCUUCAUCACCCUGGACGGCAAGGAGGUGGCCGUCCCACAGGGUAAGCCUAUCACGCAGUCUCAGUACUCUGAGAGCUGCUUCAGCAACAGCGAAUAUCUCAUCUACAAAGAGAGUCAGUGUCGCCUGCGCUACCUGCUUGAGCUGAAAAUGUAA